CUCCCCAGGUGGCGAUGACCCCCAAGCCGGCCGGACCCCCGGACGGGGGCUGGGGCUGGGUAGUGGCGGCCGCAGCCUUCCUGGUGAAUGGGCUCUCCUACGGGCUGUUGCGCUCUCUGGGCCUUGUCCUCCCUGACCUCGCGGAGCACUUUGACCGAAAUGCUCAGGACACUGCGUGGGUCAGCGCCCUGGCCCUGGCCGUGCAGCAGGCAGCCAGCCCUGUGGGCAGCGCCCUGAGCACCCGCUGGGGGGCGCGCCCGGUGGUGAUGGUUGGGGGCGUCCUCACCUCCAUCGGCUUCAUCUUCUCGGCUUUCGCCGGCAGUCUUCUGCACCUGUACCUUGGCCUGGGCCUCCUUGCUGGCUCCGGCUGGGCGCUCGUGUUCGCCCCCGCCCUCGGUACCCUCUCCCGUUACUUCUCCCGCCGUCGAGUCUUGGCCGUGGGGCUGGCACUAACGGGCAACGGGGCCUCCUCGCUGCUCCUGGCGCCCACCUUGCAGCUCCUCCUUGAUACUUACGGCUGGCGGGGCGCCCUGCUUCUUCUUGGCGCCAUCACCCUCCACCUCACCCCCUGUGGCGCCCUGUUGCGCCCCCUGGCGCUGCUUGGCGAUCCCCCGGCCCCACCACGCGGGCCCUUGGCUGCCCUUGGCCUGGGUCUGUUCACGCGCAGGGCCUUCUUAGUGUUUGCUCUGGGCACGGCCCUGGUGGGGGGCGGGUACUUCGUCCCUUACGUGCACUUGGCGCCUCACGCUUUAGACCGGGGCUUGGAGGGGUACGGAGCAGCACUGGUGGUGGCGGUGGCUGCAGUGGGGGAUGCCGGAGCUCGGCUGGUCUGCGGGUGGCUGGCAGACCAGGGCUGGGUGCCCCUCCCGCGGCUGCUGGCGGUCUUCGGGGCUCUGACCGGGGUGGGGCUGCUGGCGGUGGGACUGGUGCCCGCCAUGGGAAGCCCUGCGGGCUGGGGGGGCCCCCUGUUGGCCGCGGCUGGGGCCUACGGAUUGAGCGCUGGAAGUUAUGCCCCGCUGGUUUUCGGUGUGCUCCCUGGGCUAGUGGGCAUCGGAGGUGUCGUACAGGCCACCGGGUUGGUGAUGAUGCUGAUGAGCCUCGGGGGGCUUCUAGGACCUCCCCUGUCAGGCUUUCUGCGGGAUGAGACAGGGGACUUCACGGCCUCCUUCCUCGUGUGCAGCUCUUUCAUCCUUUCUGGCAGCUUCGUCUAUAUGGGCCUGCCCAGGGCGCUGCCCUCCUGCCGACCUGCCUCUCGUCCAGUCACCCCUCCCCCUGAGAGAGGGGAGCUGCUUCCUGUUCCUCAGGUUGCCCUUGUCACCCCGGGGGGCCCUCAGCCUACUCAGGACACCACUUGUUGACCCUUUUCUUGUUGGAGCCCCUCCUCCAAUAAAG